AUGGCGGACGGAUGGAAGUACACGCUGACCGGUUUCGGCGCGUUCCUCGAGAUGCGUCGAGUCGCGUUCGCCGAGCCGAUGCCGGCCACUCUACUCUGCGGCGUCUGCGGUGUUCUGUCUUCCCGAACAUCGCAGCUGCCGUGCGGCCACGUUUUCUGCGCGAGCUGCGACGCCCAGCUCCCGCGAGGAAAGGACCGCUGCUGCCCGUUCGACGAGAAGAAAUUCACCGACUCGGACGUUCACUCGAUGAGCAUCGAGCUGCGCGAGCUCGAGCAACGCCGCAUUAUGUGCUCGGCCAGGUCCUCCCGAGUGUGCGGCUUUUCCGGCAAACUGUCCGAGCUCGCGGAUCACCUGACUCGGUGCGGCGGCGGAAAGGUAAAGUGCUGCAAGUGCCACCGACCCGUCUCCCGCAACCUGGCGGUGGACCACUACCGGAGCUGCACCCGCGGCCACCUGUGUGCGUCGAAUGACGAAGCCGCUGCAAAGGAAAUCGGAGACGCUUCCCAAAUGGCGGCCGUUGAUAGAAGGCCACGGGAGUCGGUACCCACCAAGGGCGUCGACUCUGAAGCCGCCACCGGCUGCCGCACCAACGCUUUGGUAGACAGGGUGGCCAGUCUCGAACGUCAGUUGCUCGAAGUGCAGAAAAAGUCCACCAGCAGGAAGCAGUCUUCGGUCGCUGCUGGGAAGGGGGCGGCGGUUAUCCAGGGACCGUACCGCCCUCCAUCCAAGGCGGGCGUUUUGAUCACCACGUGCAAGUUCGCCGAUAUUUACGCAGGCGUCGACUCACUGAACGAGAAGAAAACGAAAGUGAGGAAGUCAACCGAUACGUAUUCGCUUGGAGGUUACACCUUCAAGCUCGAGUGCGAGUUCACGAAGAACGAGAACAAGAUAAACGUGGCUUUCACUCUAUUUUUGCGCGACGGUGAGUGGGACAGCUACGUGGAGUGGCCUUUCAAAAAGAAGGUCACCUUGAUCGUCAUGCACGCCAAGGAUGCAGCGAAGGACGUCCGCUUGCCGUUGACAAUGGAUAACUACAAUGUGGUGAAGAGACCUCGUGGCGGUGUUUGGAACUGGGGCAACAGCACGAUCACGGUGAACUGGAAUGACAUUGAACUGCGUGGGUAUGUCGACAGAGGUGACCUCUACGUCAACGUCGAGUUUGAGUAA